AUGAAGUCCCUCGCUAUUGGUUGUCUUCUCGCAAUCGGUGCGAAUGGCUUGUACAUCAAAUCCGGGGCGAUCAGGGCCCCGGAUCAUCUGAGAUUGAGAUCAGCAAACAGCUCCAUCUGCGGCACCCAACUCACCGACAAUUUCGAGUUCCCGCAUUUGAUUGUCCCCGUCAACUCGUCUGCACCCGACACUGCGCUGGGCACCUCAUUCAAUGGCCAAGUGUCAUCGACUAUCUCGUCGUUAUUUAACUUUGACAUCCCCGCGGGCGGCGAGCUCAAGACCUGCUCGCUCGUUUUCCACUUCCCAAGCACGAUGCAGCACCCAUCCAACUACUACACUUUCGAAGGGGAUGGGAAUAUUCGCUUCGGUAAGCUCGAGACUCCAGCUCAGGUCACGUCCACGUUCAACAAUGCACCGCCGGUGCGUGAGGAUUAUGGGAGCUUUGCCAUGCAGCCUGGAGAUGCGUAUAGUAUUGCGAAUUUCCAGUGUCCGAUGGGAGAGAAGAUUGCGUUUCAAAUGUCAAAUGCUGGCUCGACGGUUCUGAGCUACUUCCAAAAUUAUGGAGACCCUCCGUAA